AUGUCCCGCAGUGCCGACGUCCCGCGGUGCCGCUCUGCUGUGCUGCCCGUGUCCCAUGUGCCACCGACGCGGAACCUGCUGCGCGUCGGCGUGGUGCCCAAGCCGCUCUGGUUCGACGUGUACGCCGCCUUCCCGCCGCUGCGCGAGCCCGUGUUCCGCACGCCGCGCCCGCGCUACGGCCGCGUCACCGACGUGGUGCCGCCCGUGCUGUACCCCGAGGACCGCGUCCGCGCGGAGUUCUACAACGUUUAUGGGAACGGCCCAAGACCCUUCGACCUGUCGCAGCCAAACUUCAAGUCCACUUGCCAGAGGUUUGUUGAGAAGUACAACGAGCUGAAGGAGGAAGGGGAAAUCGAGGAGGACAGACUGUUUGAAGAGACAGGAAAAGCUCUGCUAGCCAAAGGGAUAAUUUUGCAGAGAAGACGGGCAGAAAAAGUAGCACAGCCUGCUCAGCAGGAUUCUGAAGGCAGGGACGCCGCGUUGCACGCGCAGCUGCAGACCGCGUUGGAGGAGAUGCAGGAGAGGAAGCAAGGCCAGGGGGAGCGGCCGGCAGAGCCGCCCGGCACGCACGAGGAAGAUCCGUCGCCCUCCUAG